CUUUCCUUUAGAAUACAGAUGUCAAACGUCAUUUUUUUCUCCAUAAAACUUCUCAAAAUUUCUCCUGAUAAUUUUAAAUGGUGUCUUUUAACAUCAAAAUUACUUUGUAAUCCUGAAAGAUGCAUUUUUCAGGCAAUAGCUUUGCUUCCUUUUUAAGACUUACAUCACAUACCACUAUUCACUCAUCACCUUUCUUCCCAAGUCCUCAAUUACCCUUGAUUAAAAACAAUGACAAUACUAAUAACACCCUACGCCUUACUCCAAGCAACUGUAGGCAUUUCAGUUACAUUAACUAAUAUCAGUCCAUCAACCCUACAAGGGAGGGAGGGGAAGAUAUUAUUUUAAUGAAGAGGGCAUUCAGGCACUGUGACUUAUCCAAACAAAAAAAACAGCUGAGGUGGACAAAGCAAGGAUUUCUUAGGGUUGCGUGGGAAUACACACCCUCGCCAGGGGAUCAUCAGACAUCUGUUGGGGUAUUCCUUCAGGGUUGAUCCAGUAUCCAUUGUUCAAAGGCUAAUCUCCAAUGAAAAUUGUCUCCUGUCUACAAGUAAUAUUUAUCAGGUGACUCUUGCAUGUAAAUUUCUUUGCUAGAAGGUAUAAUCGUUGACCUGGAUUUAACUUCACAUAUUAAUUUUCUAUUUCUUAAUUUGGAGGUAAAUAAAAUGAGUCAAAUGCUGGUGCCUAGAAUCUUCAGUCUUGCUACUGCUGCCCAUUGGCCAUUUAGGAAGAGUCAUGUGAUGAAGAUGCUCUUUAAAUGAAGUUACUAGCAGCACUGGAAUGCUCACUUUCCUUUGGUUCUCCAUUCUGCCUGCCUCUUCCUCAGCAAGCUUUCCAUGAUGGUUGAGCCCUUCUUGGGAACCUGGAAGCUGGUCUCCAGUGAAAACUUUGAGGAGUACAUGAAAGAACUGGGCGUGGAUGCUGCAGUUCGUAACGCCGCAGGGUCAGUGAAGCCGACUGUCAGUAUUAGUGCCAAAGGGGAAAAGGUGACCAUCAGAAUGGAAAGUUCUUUCAAGAACACUGAGAUCUCCUUCAAGCUGGGGGAAGAAUUUGACGAAACCACAGCAGACAACCGGAAAGUGAAGAGCAUCGUAACAAUAGACAAUGGCUCAAUGAUUCAGGUCCAAAAAUGGCUUGGCAAAGAGACAACAAUCAAAAGAAAAAUUGCAGAUGGAAAAAUGGUAGUGGAAUGCAUCAUGAAUAAUAUUGUCAGCACCAAAAUCUAUGAAAAGGUGUGAAGAAAAGAUCCACAUCGGUGAAAACUUGUUCACUGACAGGGAGCUGAUAC